GCAGGUGUUGUUACUAUGGUUCCUCAAGAGCUCGUCAGAUUGAAAGGGGAGUCAGUUCUUCUGACUGUUCCAGGACACAAGCAGCUAAAAUUCAUCAGAAUAUCAUGGAGGUCUGGAAACAAUAACAUAGUGGAAUACACAAACAACACAGACUCUGUUUUGUUUUACCCAAAAUAUAAAAAUAAGGCGCAGUUUGAAAAGAAGGAUUACUCUUUACGCAUUGGUCACCUGGAGGAGGGGAACAUCGGGCUUUUUAAAGCAGUAAUGAUUGAUAUAAAUGGAAUUGAUACAACUGUGGCGGAGUACAGCAUAGUAAUACAAGAGAAGGUGUCCCCACCAGCCCUUCUGGUCAAUAAGAGUGAAUUCUGCAGCUUCUUAGUCAUGUGCUCCACUGAUGGAGCCGAGUCUUCUACCUACUCCUGCAGGCAAUCUCACUGCACUGAGAUCACAGCGAACUACAGCAGGUCCCCUGCUCUGCUCAUCGACGUGUCUACGGAUGGGAGAUCAGUGGUGUGUAACGUCAGCAAUCAGGUCAGCUGGAGCAUCAGUUCAGUGGCUGUGAGCGACAGCUGUCCAUUCACCGCCAGUGACACCUUUACUGGUUUUCCGCUGUGUCUCAUGAAGAUCAUCGUGCUCUCUGUGGGGCUGGUCUUCAUGGUGGCAGCUGUUAUUGGAGUUCAUGUCUGGGUCAGCAUUAGAUCAAGCUGAGUACUGUACAUAUGAAUCAAGCAGCUUACAGAAGCAGAAACACCUGUAGAUGCCCCAGGUAUAAUAUAAUAAGGUCUGAAUUGGAAGUCAACAAUCCCAUCUCAAGGAAUACUGGCUGUUGUAUGUUUUCUUUCAUUGAAGUUCUUAAACUGUCUGUCCCUCUGAAGGGAUGCAAGGAGUCAAGGAACUGGAACUGUCCACUGAAGAUUUGAAAUGAGUUUAAUACUGAUGAAAAAGGUCGUUUCUGGAGACUACUAAAGAGACACACAAGGUAUAUUUCCCACAGUGUCCUGAAUUGCAACAGAGUCCAGCCACAGCCACCCAAUGCUAUUAUCAUGAAUGGGUGUUUGAUCGACCAUUGCCAAAAUGCUUCUACAUAAGGCCUGGUGUCUAUUCUUGGUGAUGUUAUUCCUCCUUUCAGCCAUUGUUGGGAUGUUGCAUACAACAUCAGUCAGCAGCCAGAUCAGGAUUAAUGACCCCAGACCAGAGUCAGCUUUCUACACAUCCAUUUUCUAACCUCUUCUUCCAGCUCAGAGCCCUGGGGGGAGCCGAACGCAGGCCGGAUAGGCACACACUCACACCAGAGUCAGUUUUUCUUACGACUAUCAACUGAAUAAAUGAAGCUGGCAAGUGAGAAUGACAAAGAGUAUCUCAACAUGAUUUUUGACUUGUGUAAAUUGGUUAAGUUAUGCUGAUGUGGUAUAAAGUUAAGACAUUGCUGUGUUUCU